GCUCAGGUUGGCCUUUGUUCUGUUUGCAGUGCAGAUGUACUCUCUACUGUGAAAACAUGGUGAGUGUGUUGAAGUGAAACAAAUUAAGCACACUGCAUCUGAAACCUCCUUUUGUGAACAAAGCCAUCACAAGGUUAAAUGUUGAGAACUUUCUGUUUCUUAGCUGUUUGUUUUAUAUAUAUAUAUAUAUAUAUCUCAAAAUAUAAAUUUAUUCACUUGAAAAGUAUCCCAGCCUCGUUGAAGAAACCAACUCCAGACAACAUAUUCUCUUAUGCCUACAGCUUGUCUAUUCUGAAAUCAUUGACAUUUGAGAAUCAAAAGUUUCAGCUGUGUGGAUGAAAAAUUGAACAAUGGAGACCUUCUGUGAGUCAUGCAGACGGCACCUGAAGAAUUUGGUGGAACUGAUACAGAAUGCCUCAGAAAAUCUCUUGCAGAAAAUAAAAGAUCUUUUCGAGUCAAUACAAUGCUGCUCCUGCCUGAAAUGGAGUAAACCUGCGCCACACAGACUUUACAAGCCAGUUCUACGACAACACGAAAAAGCAGCUGCACAGGAAAUUUUGCAGCACAUAGAAGAAGCUUCAGAAGGAAAAGUGAUUGACACAGAGUGCUUGGAGGCCUUGCAGACAUUAGCUGCUUCUGAAAACCCUAGUCUACAGCAAUCAGCUGCUCUCUACUACUUACACAUCAGUGAGCAGUUGAAGAAUGAAUUACCUGAAGAAUACCUGGAGCCAUAUUAUGCCUUGUUGCAGUCCAAUGAUUUAGAAGUGCAGAGGAAGGCAUCUCUAUCACUGGUCAAUCUCUUAGUGGAGGGUAAUGUGAACAAAGAGAGAGUGGUUCAGAUUGGACUGCUGGAGCCCAUACUGGAGCUACUUGGUUCUGGAGAUGCCACUGUACAGUGCAACUCCUGUGCAUGUGUGGCAAUCUUAGCUACUUCAGUUUUAAACAGAGAAGCUAUUGCCGCUGAAGGGGGAAUUAAGACUCUGUUGGGUCUUGCAAAGUCAUAUGACCCCAGAGUGCAACAAAAUGCAGUAGGCGCUAUUCUCAACCUUACAAGAUCAGAAAAGACUCAACUUUUGCUAUGUAAAGAGGGAGCUCUGCCUGUCCUGAUACUUCAAUUACAAUCUCCUGACUCCGAGGUCCAGUUCUACAGUUGUUCUGCGUUGACGAACAUCGCAUCCAACCCACGUCACCACCCAAACAUGCUUCAAAUAGGCGAUGGCAUUCUCCUCAAAAUGCUACUGUCUCUUAUGUCUUCCUCUGUGGUAAAGGUCUGCUGUCAAGCGUGCCACUGUCUCAGGAACUUGUCUCGAAAUGAAGACACUCAAGCAGACAUUGUGGCCAUGAACUUCUUGCCUCAGCUGCAUGAAUUGCUGAAGUUCUCUAGUAAAAGUGUGAAUGAAGCAGCUCUUUCUGUUCUCAGCAUGUUGUCAGAGAAUCAUUCCAACACGGAUGUCAUUGUGUCAGAGAAUAUCUUGAAAUCUUUGGGGAAGUUGCUGUUAACUCACAAAAUGAGUCCUGGAAUCAAUAAUUAUGUUGCAACCAUAAUCCAAAAACUAGCUACAAGUAAGACUCAACAGGCUAUUAUUGACAGUCAAUGUGUUGUGGUCCUGCUUCAGGCCCUCAGUCGCCUCGGAGUUCACGACGAGUCCUUACUGUAUGUGACACUUUGCAUUGCUGAACUCACCAAGUAUGAAACAAUAAGAACACAAGUAAUACAAGGAUCAGAUGUGGAUAUAGCAGCUCAUCUAUUGAUGCUUUCAAGCCAGUCUGAAAAUAUUGAUCUCUCCUUCCAGGCUGCUUGUAUAAUCAGCCAACUUGGACUAGAUGAAAUGUUUUCCAUGUUGUUGAGACCACAUGCCAGGGAGAUUGUUGGUUACGUUUUACGCUUCCUCAAACAUCAGGAAAUUAGAUUUCAACAUCUGGGCCUAUUAACUAUACGGAAUCUCGGAAAAGAUUCUCAUUUUGCAGCAGUGUUUAGUGAAAGGCAACUGACGCUGCAACUCAACAGGGUUUGUCAGCAAACAGCGGAAACACAAGAGCUACUUCAAGCUGUUCUAUUCCACAAAGAAGGAGACCAAAAACAAGAUGACUGAUGAUACUCAAGAGUUUACUGUGUCUCAGGAACAGCUAAAACCUAAAGAACACAGGAAAAGCAAAGAAACAUUUUCAAAUAUAUCAUGGUUUUGUUGAGGUCCAAUGGGUUCUUUGAGAAUUAGCUCACAUUUUAAACCUGGAAAUAAAAUCACAAUUGACACAUUCCAUAAACUUAUAAAAAUUCAAUUUCGCUUAGCUUUAACAGUUAAACUUCAUUUGGUGCCAAUAAUUAAGCAUUUUUCAAAUAAAGUAUACUGGAAGGGGUGAUUAAGUUAA